AUGCGUCUGGGUUUUGAUAAGCAAAAUAAAGAACAAUGCUACCAAUAUGUUCCCAUAAUUAAGACAAUUGAAGCUCUUUUAAAAGACACCAGUGUAAAAAGGCAGUUUUUCAACCCUCCAGUAUCUCAAGAUGGUAUUUUGCAGGAUAUUAAUUAUGGGGAUUUGAUAAAAGGCAAUUUAUUUUUUAUAAAGUUUCCAAAUGCUAUAAAAGUUUUACUUGUUCAAGAUGCAUUUGAAGUUGUAAAUCCAUUAGGGUCUGCAAAGAAAAAGCACAAAGUUCUUGCAAUGUAUGCAACCUUAGGUAAUAUACACCCUGAAAAUCGCUCUAAGAUUCAUCCUAUGCAACUUGUUCUGCUUGUAAGAGAAAUUGAUUUGAAAUACUUUGGUCAGAAUAUUGUUUUCCGAGCACUUGUUGAUGAUCUUAAAAAGCUUGAAGUAGGUGUCCUUGUAGAUGAUCAGUAUGUUCAGAUCUUCCAACUCUCACACAUUUUGCGUGAGACACAUGCAUUUGACAUAUUUCUCAUGCUCACACGCAUAAACACUAUUUUCUCAUGCAAAAGCGAAAAAAUAGGAAGCAAUCCAACUUUCGUUUUAACGCUUCUUUUUGCAAGCAAAUAUCCCUAUUUAGUUGAAUCAAUAGCUAUAAAAUAA